AUGAUUGAAAUUAAUCCCGAGUCUUUCUUCGACUCGCAAGCUCAAGCCAUUGCCUUAACAACAGACCGCGGUAAAACCACCAAGACGCACGCCGCUGAAACGUAUGGUGGUGGCCGAAUAGGGCUAGCUGCCUCCUCGUCACGGGCCUCUCUGACUACCACCGGCGCCGACCAUCUUGUCUGCAUGUGUCUCGUACCUGCCCGUUGUGUCGCUGCCGAACUCGCCGACAACUGGCUCUCGUAUCGUUUUCCAAUAACGGCAACGAUUGCUAUUGUCCAUAACCCAACAGUUAAGACGCUCAAGAGCAUCCAAGUUACGCACAAGUUUUUGACCGGCUCUGGCCAAGAAUGCAGCCACAUAUAA